AUGGCAGCAGCUAUAGAUAUAUACAGUGCUAGCAGCAGUCAAGUUUUUUCUACAGAUCCUCUCAGGGAAGAGCUUAUGCAAGCACUUUUACCAUUUAUGAAAAGUGCUUCAAAUACCUCCUCCUCCUCCUCUUCUUCUUCUUCUUCUUCUUCACCUCCUCCUCCUCCUCCUCUUUCUUCUCCUUCUCCUUCAACUUCUGCUUCUCCUCCUUCUACUGACUACCCUUUUGACUCUUCCUUUUCUUCUCUUUCUGCUGAAUCCAAUAUGUACCCAGGUUUUUGCUCAAUCCCUUCAAAAACCCAAGAAUUUUAUCCCGGGUUUUCAAAUUUUGGAUAUGAGCAAACUGAUAGUACUAUUGGGCUAAAUCUCCUUACCCCAUCUCAGAUCCUUCAAAUCCAGGCUCAAUUCCAAUUCCAGCAGCAGCAAUUGCAAAAUCAGCAAAUGAAUUACACUCUUAGCCAUAUGCUGCAUAAGCAGAACCAAUUCUCAAGCUUUCUUGGUCCGAAACCAGUCCCAAUGAAACAUGCUGGAACUUCCUCCAAGCCCACGAAGCUUUAUCGGGGAGUGAGGCAGCGGCAUUGGGGAAAAUGGGUUGCGGAGAUUAGACUUCCAAAGAACAGAACUAGGCUUUGGCUUGGGACUUUUGACACAGCUGAGGAAGCGGCUUUAGCGUAUGAUAAGGCUGCAUAUAAACUAAGAGGAGAGUUUGCAAGGCUCAAUUUCCCCAACCUUCGGCAUCAGUUGUGCCAGGAAUUCAGUAAUUUCAAGCCCCUGCAUUCCUCUGUUGACGCCAAGCUUCAAGCAAUAUGUCAAAGCUUGGCUAAUUCGGAGAAACAGGCGAAUUCUGAAAGGCCCUGUUUUAAAUCUGAUGCAAAGGCUGAAGUUUCAACACAAACGAGUGUUCCGAAUAUGGAAGAGUCACUGAAUAGAGGAUUUAGUAACCAGGCACUAGACGAUAACAUCAAGGUGGAGGCUUCAUCAUCACCUUCCCCAUCUGAUGAGGUGUCGGCUUCACCAGAAUCUGAUAUUACCUUUCUGGAUUUCUCAGAGCCUUCUUUCGAAGAAUCCGAUUUCAUGUUGCAGAAAUAUCCUUCUGUGGAGAUAGAUUGGGCAGCUUUAUAA